AGUAACGGUUUAUUUUCCCUUUAAUGUGGCAGUGAACCAGUGGUGUGCACGUUGGCUUUAUUAUCGCCCUAGCUUCGAAUUCCACUCUCGCUCAUUGUCCGCAUAUUCUAUUCAAUAUAUCCUUCAAAGAUUUGCUAGUUACGUUAUUUGGCGAUUGUAAAAUACACCCUUACUUAGAUUAGGCUUUUUUGUUAUUUACCGUAAUGUGGAACUCUUAGCCAGCGAACAUCGCAGCAGACCCGAGAUGGUUUCCUUGGAACACCCAACACGGAAGCACGCCUGCAGUGUAAAUUCAGAGGAUGGCAGAUGUACCGACUGAUGCCCCGCAGCAUUGCCCGGGAACCCAGAGCGAGCAAGCUGGAAAGAGUUCGGCAUGUCAAGGAUGUCCCAACCAAUCCAUAUGUGCUUCAGGGUUACCCAAACAACCAGACCCAGCAAUCGAAGAGAUAAAACAAAAAAUGAGCACCGUGAAACACAAAAUUCUUGUUCUGUCUGGAAAAGGAGGAGUAGGCAAAAGUACUUUCAGUGCUCACUUGGCUCACGGACUAGCAAGUGAUGAAUCCAAAGAGGUUGCAGUACUUGACAUUGAUAUCUGUGGACCAUCAAUCCCUCGAAUCAUGGGUUUAGAAGGAGAACAGGUUCACCAAAGUGGCUCAGGAUGGUCUCCAGUGUAUGUUGAAGACAAUCUAUCAGUGAUGUCAAUUGGUUUCCUGCUUGGUAGUCCAGAUGAUGCCGUUAUCUGGCGGGGUCCAAAAAAGAAUGGUAUGAUCAAACAGUUUUUGCGAGAUGUGGACUGGGGUGGUCUUGAUUACUUGAUUGUUGAUACUCCACCUGGGACAUCAGAUGAACAUCUUUCCAUCGUUCAGUACCUAAGUGCAGCACAGAUUGAUGGAGCCGUGAUUAUCACCACUCCCCAGGAAGUCUCAUUGCAAGAUGUUCGUAAAGAAAUCACUUUUUGUCGGAAGGUGAACUUGCCCAUUAUUGGUGUUGUUGAGAAUAUGAGUAUUUUUAUAUGUCCAAAAUGUAAGAAGAGCUCUGAGAUCUUUCCUCCGACUACUGGGGGUGCAGAGAAGAUGUGCCAGGAACUGAACAUUCCACUGCUUGGGAAAGUGCCUUUAGAUCCACAAAUAGGGAAGAGCUGUGAUGAAGGAAAGUCAUUUUUAACAGAAUGUCCAGAUUCUCCUGCAACUGUUGCAUACAGAAAUAUUAUUCAGAGUGUGAAGGAAUAUUGCUCCAGCCAUAAAGUGAGCGACAAAUAAAGCAUUCAUUCAUACAAGAAAUCCACAAAAUGCAAAUUCAACAACAAAAAAAAAAGACUAAACUAUGGAAAUGAAGAAUUAAACAUAUAAUUGUGUCCAUGUAACAUAAAACUGAUCCAAUGUAAUCAAAACAAAUUAAUUUAUUGGAAAGAAAAUAAAUAUUUUAAACAGUCCUUUUUAUGUAACAGUAGAUAUUUUUGCAAUAAUAAAAAAUAUACUUUAA